CCCCCUGCAGUCCUCACAGAUUACCUUAUCCUAAUCCUGCAAACCUUAACAGAGCCGGACUUCAGGGAGGCUCUCGGUCUACUCCCAGUACCCCCAAGAAAGAGCGAAUCCGCAGAGACAGAAGAACUGCAUCCCCAGGUUAUGGAUCUCCUCUGAGAAGAUCUGAAUCCCCUGCUAGUGUCACCAGGCACCUGGCUUCUCCUUCUCCUUCCAAGUUAGCGUCUAAGGUGCGUGCCCAGUCUCCCAGCAGUUACCACUGUUCUCCAACACGACAUCGUCCAAACACACCGAGCGGGGCUACAAAUUCGGAAGACAAAAAGUCAGACAAAAAYUCUGGACAAUCGAAACCUGAGAAACCCAAAACUGACGUUGGCGGCUUAAGUUCAACUUCGCAUGUUGAGAAYAAAACAUCCUCCAGGACAGAUUCUUCAGAGAAAAAAUUACAGAGUGGAGACAAGAGCAAAGAGAUGGCAACAAUCCCAUCCAUGGGGAAAGUGGGAGCUGGAACCACAGAUGCAGAAGAGGCUACAAGGCUGCUGGCAGAGCGCAGGCGUCUGGCUCGAGCCCUGAAAGAACAGGAGGAGAAAAAACGAGAGAAGGAGGCGGAAGAAAGAUUAAYAGAGGAGGAGGAACAAAGGAGGAAGAGACAGCAGGAGGUGAAGGCUCAGCCAGCCGAGGUGAGAGGGAACCAUUUGAACGACGCGCACAGGCCGAAACAAGAGGAGGACAAAAGAAAAGAGGAACAGCAGAAGAAGGAUCUACAUGUAGAUGCACGUGUCAGGGGUCAAUUUGAUGAGAAAGUCAAAGUGGUUCAGGCUCAGGAAGAUGCAGAACGUCACCGGCAGGACAGGGAACUGCAGACGCAGCAUGAAGAGGAGGAGAGGCAGCUCAGGAAGAAGAGGAUCGAAGAGAUCAUGAAGAGAACCCGGAAAAGUGAAGCUGACGUGAAGGUACUGUGAGAGAAACCUUCUGUUCUCAACCUGCUGCCUUUAAUGCCUGCUGAUUGUUUGAAGAGUUUUCCUUUUUUUUUUUUUAAAUUUUCAUCCCGUUUUCUCUAACCAAAAACUUUGACCGUCCCUUGUUUUUAAUUAAACGCUUUUAUUGGUGA